CGGCGCGCCACCGGAGGAGGAAGUGGCGCGGUUGUUGCUCCCUCUGCGCCGGCUGCUGGCUCCCGGGGCGCGGAGAGGGGCAGCUGUCGCCGCCGCUGCGUCGCCCCCUCUACUACUGUUUCCCUCCAUGUCCCCCGGCGCCGUCGCUCCCCUUCCUCAGGCCGCCGCUUACCCCGGCGUCUAUGGAAGUAAUGGAAGGUCCCCUCAACCUGGCUCAUCAACAGAGCAGACGAGCAGAUCGUUUAUUAGCUGCAGGGAAAUACGAAGAGGCUAUUUCUUGUCACAAAAAGGCUUCCGCAUAUCUUUCUGAAGCCAUGAAGCUCACACAGUCUGAGCAGGCUCAUCUGUCACUGGAAUUGCAAAGGGAUAGCCACAUGAAACAGCUCCUCCUCAUCCAGGAGAGGUGGAAAAGGGCCAAGCGGGAGGAGAGACUGAAAGCCCAGCAGAGUACAGACAGGGAGGCGGCUGCCCAGCUGCAGGCAUCUCCCAAGCCCUCUUCUGAGGACGCCGAGAGCCAGAGUCCCCUUCUCUCUGAGAAAUACAGCCCUUCCGCGGAGAAACAUCUGCCUGAAAUUCAGGGGGUCUUUGACAGGGACCCAGACACUCUCCUGUUUUUACUUCAGCAGAAGCGUGAGCCAGCAGAGCCACGCGUCGGAAGCAGAGCCCCCAAAGAUGAUAAGACAGUUAUAGAGGAGCAGGCAACCAAGAUUGCCGAUUUGAAGAGGCAUGUGGAAUUCCUCGUGGCUGAGAAUGAAAGAUUAAGGAAAGAAAAUAAACAGCUGAAGGCCGAAAAGGCCAGACUUCUAAAAGGCGCAGUAGAGAAGGAGCUGGGUGUCGAUGCUGACUUCGUAGAAAAGUCGGAGCUGUGGAGCUUGCCGCCACCUCCCGAGACUGCCGAGGCCUCGUCCGGUUGGCAGAGCCUGGCCGCGAGCGCGGGGAGGGCCAAGGACAUCCCCAUACCCAGUCUCCCGCCCCUGGAUUUCCCGUCUCCAGAACUUCCCCUUAUGGAGCUCUCGGAGGAUCUUCUGAAAGGAUUUAUGAAUAAUUGAAAUGGAAGGCCAGACAAGAGCUGAGAAGACAAGACAAAAUGAUAGAGUAAUACAGUUCAUCCAGAAAAAAGAAAAAAAAAGGGAAAACCACACAGGGGGUGAUAGCAGAGACGCGCCGUGGGGUGGGGGGGGGCACGCGGGGCCGGGAAACGCUAACUGUGACGCGUCCCGUGUGCAAUUGAGCACUGGCGCUGAGGACUCCAGAUGGGGCAGACACCAGGCUCCCGGGGGCUCCCUCUCUCCUGAUACAAACCAAAUGGCUACCUGGAAUAACAUUUUCAAGCAACAGUUAUUUUUCUUAUCUUCAGGGUUAAAAUGUAUAAAAGUAUGUUAUGUAUAAUUAAUCUGUAAUGCCAUAAAUGAUAAUGCAAAACCUAAAGAAUAUGGCGGCCUGAGGGGCCACCUUGUAUUUGAAACAUGCUUUCUAUCAUGCAUUGACUCUAUGCAUUUUGUUAUGCACAUUUCGUUUGUUGAAUAAGGUGUGUAAGACACACCUUUCUAGAUGAAACUCUGUGUGCCACACUUUGCACUACUCAUGAGAACCUCAAGACUAUCAAGAGAAAUAUUUAAAUUUCCAUUUUAUGAAGAAAGGAACCAAAUUGUUAUGUUUGUUUUUUUUUAAAUUACCAGUUUACAUAAUUAAUCAGGGUGCAUUUUAAGUUCUAACUGUUUUGUUUAUUGUUUAAAUGUAUCAUUUGAAAGUACUAAGGACAUAUCCUUUUCUUUACUGAUGCAUGAGUGGAAGUGAUGGUAGUUGGCAUUGUUUGAUUGUAAGAAGUCAAUAAAGUAAUUGUGUUUUAUACCUUU